AUGGUGAUAGAUAUUGAAGGAAAGGAACUGAAAGUAACAGCAGAGUCUGUUCAUGACAUGUUGGGCAUACCAAUUGGUGGAACCAUACUUACACAACUGGAUCAAUGGCCUAAGGAUGAUACACGUUAUGGUGAAUGGAAGCAACAAUUUAAAAAAGAUUUAAUUAUCCGACUGAGUGCAAUCAAAAAUGUUAUUGUUUCUACCACACAAGCUGAUUUCAAUUUCCAAUUGAACUUCUUAGUUCUUUUUGUCAACAUUUUUUGCGAGUCAACAUCAAUGGGAAGAUGCAACCUGUUUCCUUUGAGUUAUAUUUCAAGAAAAACAGAUAUCAGCAAUAUAGACUGGUGCAGCUAUGUUUUGGACUGUCUUGUCAGAACAAAGAACUCAUACAUACCAUACUCAGAUAACAGCUUCUUUGUUGGACCUUCAGCUUUCUUGGUGUUGUUCUAUGCUGAUAACAUCCACUCAGAAGCUUUAACGGUAACACGUAAACGUCCAACAAUUUGUUAUUGGAGUUCAGAGAAGAUUAGAUAUCGAGAGACAUUUGAACAAGAAAAAGGUAGAUUUGGACUUGGAGAAUUAAAUGAAGAAUUUGUUAAUGAACAAGAUGAAGGAGAGACAGAUCUCGAAGACAGUGAUUCUGAUAAAGAUGAAGAUCAUUCUGUUGAGGCAUAUGAAUCAAAAAUAUCUAAAAUGCUUAAUAGUUUUGAGAGGAUGAAGGAAAAGCUGAAUUCAAAACUCAAUGAUGCGAUAACAAAGUUCCCUGAAAAGGAAAAUUUUAGGAUUUUCAAAUAA